GGAUCUGUUGACGCAUUCCGUCCAUAAGACAACAUUAGGGUAGGCGACAUUUAACGUAUAUAUCUAUGGACGCUAACUAGUAUUCACGUCGUAUCAUGCUCAACUCUUGAAACUCUUUUACGCACUUUGAGAGUGUUUGCGUUAUUUCAGAGAGAUAUUUAAGCACAUAUGAAGUAACAGUGCCGUCUGUGUACUAUAGUUACACAAUGCAGCAUUUAGCUCGCUCGUAAACAUCGCUGCUGUCCUCAGAUCAUUGUCUGAGCAGAAGUUUCAUCAUUAGCCCUGACUGUCAGAUGCUCUUCAUCUCAGGAGCUGUAUUUUUAGAUGCUUGAUAACAGAUAUAAGCGAGAAGAGGCUGAAUCCAAAGCCCGAGAGAAAGCAGAGAAACAGAGGAUCGAACGAGAGAAACACUUCCAGAAGGAGGAGCUGGAAUGCUUGGAAAGAAAGAAGCGUCUGGAAGAAAUCAUGAAGAGGACUCGUAAGAGUGACGCAGGAGCACAGAAAGAUGUUAAAACUUCAACUCAAGUGAAUGGCAGAGUCACUGACAGCGUAAUACAGAAAAAUCCGUCAGAAGCUCUUCAAACUGGUGCGACAAACCAAUCACCAAUGAACUCUCUGUCCUGGGACGCAGCACCGGUCAUUAACGGAGCUCCGCCCACUAAGCAUCAGAAUGGACUGUCCUCCAAUGGAGACGCAGCAGACUUUGAGGAGAUAAUCAAGCUGUCCAAUCACAGUGGGAACAGUGGGCAGAGUCAACCGGCUGACCCAAUCAUGGCCUUCGAGGGAGGAGAACCGUUCAUGAUGAAGGCGGGGCCUAUGAAACCUCAACAUGUGGCAGAGGUGCUGUGAGAUGAGAUAUCAGAGUCUUCUGGAUAUAAAGAGAAGAAGAGAAGCCUUACUCUACCACCGCUUCCACCCUGACGUGUGCCAAACCAACAAGAACAGACUGCUUUAACUUUAGAAACACAGCCGAGCCGGACGCGCUCUGGAGUAAGUGCCAGAAGACGACCUUAAAGAGACACUUAUAUACAUAUACAACGUUUGCAAAAAGUCUCUGUCUAUUUCACUGUGUGUGUCAUGGUGCAACAUUUGUUGAGUUUCUUUAACAAGUCACCUGCCGAUCAUGUGGUGCACCUUAAAAGAGUCGCUAUAUAUUGAAUUUUAGAAAAGACAACUUGGCUUAUCUUUAUGAUAUGAAUUAUUGUUGUUGUUGUUGUUGCUCUUGUUAUGAUGUAUUGUUAUCGUUCUUUUAAGUAGAGAAAAAAAGCAAACGUGUGUCUUGAACUAUUGCGUUAUUUAACGUGUGGCGCAUCACAAGAAGCCGAUAUUCUGUAUGUUAAUGUAUAUUUGCCUGAUUAUGACAGACCUGUGGAAUAAAUCUUUAUGAAAGGG